CGAACCAUUCAUCGUCCUUGUUUCUAGACAUAACAUACCAAGAACGUAAAGAAAAACAGCCUCUCUCUCUCUCUCUCUCUCUCUCUCUUGUCCUCAAUCCAUGGCUGCUGUUCUGAUUCACGGCUUCUUCCUCCUCCUCCUCAUCCUCAUGUGUUUCUCGAUCUCCCCUUCAUUGCAACACAUAAGCGAGGCCGAACCGCUCGUGCGGUUCAAGAACUCGGUGAAGAUAACCAAAGGGGAUCUAAAUUCAUGGAGAUUAGGAACAGAUCCUUGCAGUGGGAAAUGGUUCGGGAUCUAUUGCCAAAAGGGUCUCACAGUCUCAGGCAUUCACGUCACGCGGCUCGGUCUCUCGGGAACCAUCAGCGUCGAUGAUCUAAAGGCUCUCGCAAAUCUAAAAACCGUCAGGCUAGACAACAACCUCCUCUCAGGUCCUCUCCCUCAUUUCUUCAAACUCCGAGGCCUCAAAUCCAUCAUGCUCUCCAACAACACCUUCUCCGGAGAGAUCCCUGACGAUUUCUUUAAAGACAUGUCAAAGCUCAAGAGGCUGUUUCUUGAUCAUAACCAAUUCGUUGGGAAGAUCCCUUCCUCCAUUAUGCAGCUCCCUCAUUUAGAGGAGCUUCACCUUCAAGACAAUAAGUUUUCAGGAGAGAUACCUCCGUUGAUCGAGACCAACAAGAACCUGAAAAGCCUCGACCUCUCGAACAACCAGCUCGAAGGAGAGGUCCCGGCGGGUCUCUCGGAUAGGAAAAAUCUUGUCAUGAAACUGGAAGGGAACGAAGGCUUGUGCGGCAAGGCAGUGAACGUUGGAUGUGAGGCUAUUGACCCAAAAGAAACCGGCGAUGGUAUUCCCCCGACCUCCGAGGGAACAGAUAAUUCCAACAGGACCACGAUAAACGCGGUCCUGUUGGUCAUCUCGUUUCUCAUGAUGUGUUGUAUUGUUGUUGGAUUUAUAAAAAAGCGAAACAAGAAGCAAAAUGCCGGUUUUCGCAAGCUCGACAAAGAGCGUCCGAGCGAUGUCGUGGAGGUCAAGGUACCCGAAUCCACGACGGUUAAAAGGUCUACUGAAUCAAGCAAGAAGCGCGGUGGAAACCCCGAAGGCGGUUCUACCAAAAAAGGCUCGUCUCAUGGGAAAGGUGGUGGAGGAAGAGGAGGAGGCGGAGGUAUGGGUGAUAUCAUAAUGGUGAACACGGACAAGGGCUCGUUUGGUUUGCCUGAUCUGAUGAAGGCUGCUGCUGAGGUGCUAGGAAACGGUAGUCUUGGAUCAGCUUACAAGGCGGUGAUGGCCAAUGGAUUAGCAGUUGUGGUGAAGAGGAUUAGGGAUAUGAAUAAACUCGCAAGUGAGGCUUUUGAUGUAGAGAUGAGACGGUUGGGGAAAAUCCGACACCCUAACGUUCUUACCCCUUUAGCCUAUCAUUACCGUCAAGAAGAGAAGCUUGUCGUCUCUGAGUAUAUGCCUAAGAGCAGCUUACUUUACGUUUUACACGGUGACCGUGGGAUACAACAUUCCGAGCUAACUUGGGCGACAAGACUGAAGAUAAUCCAAGGAGUGGCACAUGGUAUGCAGUUCUUGCACGAGGAGUUUGCUUCCUACGAGCUCCCACACGGUAACCUAAAAUCCAGCAAUAUUCUCCUCAGCGAGACCUACGAGCCAUUGAUCAGUGACUACGCAUUCUUACCGUUUCUCCAGCCAAGCAACGCACAAGCAAUGUUCGCUUACAAAACUCCAGAGUUUGCGCAGAACCAACAGGUUUCUCAUAAAUCAGACGUCUACUGCCUUGGAAUCAUAGUUCUAGAGAUCUUGACAGGGAAGUUUCCUUCUCAAUACUUAAACACCGGUAAAGGCGGGAUUGAUAUCGUUGAAUGGGUUCAAUCUUCUAUUGCGGAGCACAAAGAAGAAGAACUUAUCGAUCCGGAGAUAGGAAAUAAUGCUGAUUCCGUGCAGCAGAUGCUGGAGUUGCUGCGGACUGGGGCUGCUUGUAUCGCAAGUAAUCCAGAUGAAAGACCUGACAUGAGGGAAACUGUUAGAAGAAUAGAACAAGUGAAAAAAUGAUGGUUGAGAUGCUUAGAAUGCAAACGUGGUCGGGACAGUUAGAUAUAAUACUAACGUGCAAGCAACCAGAAAAAAAUAAUUUGGGUGUGUAAAUAGGAAAUACGAUUUUCCUUUGCAGAUUGAAUUGUUCUUCAAAUCUCGGCAAAAACAUAUAUACAUACAUAUAUACUUUUAUGUUCCUUGUUCCAUAAGUAAACAACAAUUGUUCAUUAGCAUGACAUAUGUUUAUUAGAUUUUCUCUUUUCUUCUUCUAGUUUUCUCUUAUCGAAAAACGUUAUGUAAAACAUUUCAGCACUCAGAGCAUUUUCACUGUAAAUUGUUCAAGAACAUAUCCGAACUAACACCAAAACGUGGGCAAGAAAAAUCUUAAAAUCUGUGUUGUGGUAGUUUUCUUAAUUUAUG